CAGAGUUUUUACAGAGGAAAAUCCAAUAUUUGACACUGUAGAUGUGAGGGCAUGUUUUUGGUGAUGAUAUGGUUGACGAUAGUCAGAAUACUGCCCGAGUUGAGACUCGGGAUGACAUGUCAGCGGAGGGAGAUGGAUCUAAAGAAACAGCUUCCAGCUCAAUCAAUGUAAAUUGUUCCCAGACCAAAAAGAGAUCUCGGGAAUAUAUGAAAGGAAGGAAGAAACCUGCAUACAAGAGUUUCAGAGAUGACUCAGGUAAGACACAGUACCAGUGCCUUCAGUGCAGUUAUUCGUCUUCCUACUCGGGCAACGUGACAUCACAUGCGCAGGCUCAUUCAGGCGUGAGAGAGUAUGUGUGUGAGGAGUGCGGUCACGCUUGUGUAAACAUGCACACCCUCCAGCGACACCAGCUGGUGCACUCCAAACACAGGCCAUACCCCUGCGAGCUGUGUACACAGGCCUUCAAAAGUUUCUCUGUUCUCAAGCAGCACAUGUCCCGACACCUUGGGGUGAAAGGUUACCUCUGUGAAUUGUGCUCCAAGGGGUUUGUAACCAAGGGCGACCUCAACAAGCACCUGCGCACCCACACCAAAGCUACACCCUACCAGUGUCCUCACUGCCCACAGAGGUUUUCAGACAUCAGCACCAAGUAUCGACAUGUCCAGAAGAUGCACAGUAACUCCGGGAAAUUUGGCUGCAUUCUGUGCACGGAACGUUUCACCAAAGCCUCCCUUGGCCUCAGACACUUGAAGAAAUUCCACGGAGAAACUGUGACAAACACCAACAAGAAAAUGCUUAUGUCCUACCUCCAUGUACAUAAGAACCCGCAGGCGCUACGGGAAACAUUGGUCACAGAUGUCGGUGCUGAUCACGUAUCUGUGGGUGUGAGUGUAGGUGAAGACUUGGGGGAAGAACAUUUGGAAGUCCCAGGAUUUGGUUUGGACCAGGACGAGACGGCUUCAGUCACUUUGAACGAGGAUGAGUCGGCCUCAGUCAGUUUGGACAUGGACGAAACGGCCUCAAGCCUGUUUUAUAUUGUGCAGCAAAACAAUUCAUCUGGGCCUUCCACUGUUUUAACAUGAAAGUUGAAGAUUAUUAUGGAUAUUAUUCCUGUGCUGGAGGACUUUUCAGUGUCUGGGCACAUAAGUUAAAUGUAAUGAGACAUUUAAAAUAUAGCUUUAAGUCACACUGUACUCUAAGGUUUUAUUACAUCCAACCUGUAUUUUCAAAAGAACAAUUCUAUUUAACAGGGAUAGAAAUAAGUGGUUGCUUGUUGGCCUGGGGCGUGUAGAUUAAAAUCUAUGCAAAUCAAUUUCCUACAGGUUGGGCAAGUAAUUUCGUUUAAAAGCUUGAAACCAUUUCAUACAAUUUAUCAUCAAAAUCCCCUGUAAAUUAGCAAAUAGAAUCUAUAAUCUAAGCAUACACAUAUUUUUAAUAAGUAUCUGUCCAAGACAGGAGCUAGGUCCGGGGAUCCUUACUCUUUUGCUGGACAAGCAACAUACUGGGGGAAAAAAAUCCCAAUCGCUGGAAAAAAACAAACACUUUUUUUAAAUGUUAUUUUUUUAAAUAAAUAUAAUGCAACAUUUAGUAAGUUUCCAUUUGCAGCUUGAACCUUAGUAAAUAUAAUAUUGACAACUUGACAACACUUAGUUAUCAAAUUUAAAGUAUUUCUGAGCAAAAAAAUCAAAUACACCACUUUCUCAAUAUGAAGACUUAACGAAGCUAAUUUUCUAAAAUGAACGGGUUUUCGCGCACAUUUUUCCCAAAUGGGCUGGAACCGGUACUUUUCCCGAAUUGGCAAAAAAAAUCUCUGUAUUACAUAUCAUUACUUAAAUUUCGAAAUAUUGUGAAUACAUUCUUUUAAUCUAGAACACUGACUAAGAAAUAUUGCGUUAUAAUUAUUUUCCAAUAAACAACAAAUUGGACUUGCAUAUGCGUUAAGUGUCGUGACAGAUGAGCAGUUCGCACAGGCCAAUCAGGGACGACACUUUCCGCUUUUUAUGGAAUUUUAAGUUUAAAUAAAUUCUCUUCUAAAUGAAAAUCCACUUUAAGCGGCAAGUGUCGUCUCAUUAGUCUGUGCAGUCCGACUUUGAAGCACAUGCAUUCAGCCCAGUUUUGCCAAAUCCAGAUCAAUUUAGUAAAAUUAUUGCUUUUCCAGAAUAUAUUAACAAUUAUGCAUUAAACCAAAUGAGUGUU